GGCGGCCGAACUGGUGGAAGCGAUGGUAUGCAGAGCUCCGCUCGCCUGGGUUGAUAGAAAGGGGUCUGCUGUAGCGUGGGGGAUGGCCUGCUAGGCUGGGAAACUAAUAUGGUGAAGAAUUUUCGGGUGUCUGACCUGCAGACGCUGCUGGCCUCUAUGGGCCGCAGUAAAAGUGGUCUCAAGCAGGACCUGGUGGGACGGGCGCUGAGGCUGGUGCAAACAGAGUGCAGCCCAGAGCUGCUGAAGAACGUGCGGCAGCUCUAUGAGUCACGCUUCCCCAAGGCGUCGGGUUGGCUGGCUGCCCGGCGCCCGGAGGGGGUCUCUGUGGCCUACUCCUCCCUCAGCUCCUCGCCCACUGGCACACAGGGCGCAGACUACCUCAACGGCAUCCCCAAGCUGUCCUCCACACCAGCAGCUGAGGUCAAGCUGGUGUCACUGCCCUUUUACCAAACUCUGGAGAAGCUGUUGCUGCCAACGGAGCUGAUUGCCCAGAACAGUGAGAAACUGCAGGACAGUCAAUGCGUAUUUGAGUUAACACAGAGCCAAGCGGACCAAGUCAGAAACUCAACUGAGCUUCGGCCAGGAAUGAAGGCAAUCCAGGUGGUUCUUAGAAUCUGUUACACAGACUCCGUCGGUGUGCAGGAAGAUCAGUACCCUCCCAAUAUUGCUGUCAAAGUCAACCAGUCUUACUGUCAUGUACCGGGUUACUACCCUUCUAAUAAGCCAGGUGUGGAGCCGCGUCGGCCCUGUCGCCCAGUCAACAUCACACCCUGGUUACACCUCUCCACUGCCACCAACCGGGUCACUGUCACAUGGGGCAACUUCGGCAAGCGCUACUCGGUGGCAGUGGAUUUAGUGAGGCUCUUCACAUCAGCAGAGCUCUUCGGCCAACUCAAACACUGCUCAGUGGAGAGUGCAGAACGCUGUCGUGAACGCAUCCAGGACAAGCUACGCUUUGAUCCAGAGAGCGAGAUCGCUACCACAGGGCUACGGGUGUCCCUUAUCUGUCCUCUGGUGAAGAUGCGGAUAGGCGUUCCAUGUCGGGUGAUCACCUGUGCCCACCUACAGUGUUUUGACGCCAUCUUCUUCCUGCAAAUGAAUGAGAAGAAGCCCACGUGGACCUGCCCUGUGUGUGACAAGCAGGCUCCCUUUGAGCUGCUCACCAUCGAUGGGCUGGCAUCUGAGAUCUUAAAAGAGACCCAUGAGGAUAUUGAGGAGAUUGAAUAUCUGACUGACGGUUCAUGGAGACCCAUCCGAGAGGAGAAGGAGAGGGAACGCAGCAACACGCCUGACUACCCUGUUCUGGAUAUAUGUGUUCCCGAGGUGAAUGGCCACUCCCCGGCCCACAGCAGCACCAGCCAGACGGGGAAGUCAGGAGCUGGGUCCACGGCAGGGGGGGCGGGAGGAGGAGUGGUGGUAGAUCUGACUCUAGACUCUGAGGAGGAGGGGGGAGGGGCUGGAGGAGACAGCGACGACACUGAGGACAGCCAGGACAGCCCCGCCCCCAAGAGGGGCCGAUACGACUAUGACAAGGACCUGGUCACAGCGUACUGACUGGCGGACUGACCCCACAGACUGGGAAAGAGGGUUGGGCUAAAUUGGAGGACUGGAAAUCAUUAGUCCCUACUACAUCGCCCGCCCCCACUACUCUAGCAUAUAUUCACACAGACACAUGCACAUACAUGCACUGUCAACCUCUGGAGUGGUUAGCCUUCCUCAAUACACCACUGGAAAAAGCAGCUCCCUGGCACUUGUGACCCUCCCAGCAUUCAAAUUCUGUAUCCUCCAUCAUAAAGACCAUUGAAAAGAGUAACCGCCAAAACUAUUUCUCCCCUCCAUCUUCUUGUACUUUGUAUUUGACUGGAACUUAAGGCUCUCAAAGCCACAAGCAUUUGGUGUUUGCGUCUCAGAAUUUCGCCACUUUUUGUGAUCGCAGGCAGAGGGAGAUAUGGCGCCUCCUCCGUAGUUCAGUGGUAAGAGGUCUAAAUAACUUAAAUGAAUAAUUUGGGACACGAACAACAGACUAGAUUUUUCUGGAAUAUGAUUAAAUUGAACAACACCCCUACAUUUUCUUUGUUUAAUUUAUUCAGACAAUGAAAAUAAAUUAGUUCUAACAAAACCUUCCCCCAUUUUUGUCUUUAAAUGCUGACAACCUACCUCAGUCAUACACAGCAAACUUACUUGACCAGAGAACGUAGCACCUGAACUAAGGUUGCUAUAGUAUUUAACAAGAGGGUCUAUUUUUAUUUUUUUGUUUAACUUUUUUUUCACUCACUCGCCUCACUUUUCCAAACAAUUUAUGUAUGGCCUUUUUAAGGAAUGGGUUAUUGGAAUCGGGGUCGUGUUCAUUAGGGCACAUGUUGCAAAACAUAUUUUUAUGGUUUGUAACAGAAAAUGAGCAUUUCUUAUUGGACAAGUACAGUUGGUACCUCCCUGUUUAACUCCAUUGGAGCAUUUUCGUUCUAAUUUGUGCCUACUGAAUACGACCCAGGAAUGCUGUGUCUUUGACAAUAUACUUCUUGUAUAUACUCCCCACUGCAUUGAAAUCUACGAUUUGAUUUGGUGGCUGAAUUCAUAUGACAAGCAAUUGUCUUUGUGGAGAGUUUGCAAAAACAAGCAGUUAUCAGUUGAGGUUUUGGAACAUACUCUUUUCAGAUUCUUCCCAAUGUUCUGUUUUGCCAGUGUUGUUCAUAUUGAUCAAGGAAACAAAUGCAGGAUGUAUUCUUUUCACUUGCCUAUUUCAUGUCAGUUUUCAACAGUUGGAUAGUCUAGAGACUGACUACUGCUGCAUUCAACCUUCCACUGAUAUCCUGAGAGCUUUGCAGGGUUUUGAACUGGACUAGAGUUUUUUUUAAUAUUGAACAAGGCUCUAACUAAAGAAUGAUCAUGUCACAAAUAUUAGUAUCCACACAAUUGGUCAAGAUCAUGUUGAGGCAAUUGUGCCAAACAGAUUUGGGUCAGUUAUCUCUUGUUGUUUGGCCAGAUUUGGGUGCCUUUUUGUUUUGAGUUAAGAUUGGUGGAGGCUCAGUAAGAAAAUUAAUUAAUUCCCCCCCUUUUUUUCCUGGAGUGGAGGACUUGAGAUCUUCAGAUCUGGAAUGGGAUUAAUUUGUGAGUGUCGACAUCCUUUGACUUAAUUUUCUUCGUCUUAAGUAUUUUAUUUAUUGAUAAUUGAUUGCUUCACGCCUUUGUUUUAUUUGAAUGGCAGUUUAUAUUAAAAUGUACAUAUGUCUCAAUGGAAAGAGUGCUUUACCAGAGCAUUUAUAUACAGCUCUGAUCUGUACACGUUUUCAGUAAGGGAUAGCAGAACACUUACGGAGCUUGGACUUUUUGUGGAAGAGUGAAUGAUUGCGGCACAAAGCACUGCCAUUGUUAGACAGGUUCCAUUCCUUUUCCUCUGAGGAAACUUAGCACUUCUAACCAAUGACACAUUCAGCCUCCUCCCAGUUCAAGGAUAUUACCCUCAGAAAUCAGCAUUUAUUACCACAUAGAUCCUAGAUGAAUGUCCUCUACAUCAGUAAUAGCUGCUUCAGAGGAGCUUUUUCCACAGGCACAAUUAAAAUUGUAAUUAACAGUUCAUCUUUUGGGUAUCAACAGUUGUUGAGAGAAUUUGGCUACAUGGAUGGUAUGAGUUUAAAUAUCCUCUCACUUUUAUUUACUUUCCAUGUCAUUAGAUUCCUCACCCCAAGAGUCCCUGUUUUCAAUCUGUACUUUAGAGAUGGCAUUUCUGUUUUUAUAGAACUGUGUGUUCUGAAUUCCUAAAAUGUCUCAAAUGGUAUUGAUGAUGCAUGCAUUUGACUAUAGCAUAUUGACAUUUUGUGAUCAUUCUGAAUUCAGACUUGCGUAGACAUUUUGUCCAAAGUGUAGUAGUAUACCUAAUCUAAUAAUGAGAUGGUAACGACCUGAGGAAACUUAUGGGCUCUGGUCUUUUAUGCUAACCUGGUCUUCCAAUUUUCUGCAGUACUCAUGACAUGUCCAUAUAGCUUGCGGAUUGUUAUACCGAUUGGUGAGUCCUGUAAACAUGGGAAACCCGCAAUGAUUGAUGGCACUUUCUGUAAAAGAAACUCAAACCGUAGCCGUGUCCCUGAAUAUGACAGUCGUAGAAUUUAAUGCAUUUAAGCAACAUGUUAAUACAUCUUGCAGAAUUUCAUCUUCAACUAACAGAAAGUACUUUACAGAUUUAAUUGUAUUGUCUACAUUGUUUAAAUUUCCAGGUGCAAAAGUGUAGAAGAACAUCGCUGCGCAGAUAAGAUUUCCUCAAGCUUUUGCAUAUCAUGGGCAAGGCGAGAGAGGUGAAGUACAUGUUGUUUCUAAGGAACUCAAUUAUAAUAAUGCUUAAGGUAGCAUGAGCAGUGGCUUGCAAUCCAUGAUGUAAAUGUUUUGUUUGUCUUUUUAUAUGUUCAUAUUAAAAGACAAUACAAUUAAAAUAUUUUAUUAAGCUUUGAA